CACAUUGGUUCAUAUUAAUUUGAAAGAAUUUACGUGGAAAUAACGUUGAUUCAACCAGUGUGUGCCCAAUGGGUUUGAAUUAUGUCAGUUUAGGAUACUCAUUACCUGUGAUUAUGAAGGCGACAGAUUUUCGACGGUCCUCCAAUUUGUUGUGACUCUCCGUUUUCCAGAGAACAUUGGGUUUUCGAUUUUGGAUAAUUUUUUACCUGGGGCUCGCGUGUCGAGCCCGUAGUUGAGCGAAAGACAAUGCCGUCCGCGGGCUGCGGGGCUAGUGAGUGAGCAGUGUAUCCGCGCACAUCCAGUACGCUGCUGCCACUGCACUCAGAUAGUUGUGGAAUGUCGAGCACUGGAAAUUUAAGAGGAAUGAAAACGAUGGAUAAUGAAACUAUUUACGGGACAUUUUAUCUGGAUACCUGGGAAUAAUCUGGACUGGAGAUAAAGAGCAAUACCUUGGACACAUCUGCACAAUAUACAUUUAUGAAUUAAUGUAUUUAGAGAUAUAGUAGCCUACCUAUUUGAAAAGACUGCCAGUGCAAUAUUUUAUAUUUAUAUCGAUGUUGUUUCUAUUAUUUGGAUGACAAAUAUGUUUGAGUUCAGCAUUCAGCAAGUUAUCAUUUUAUUCACCUUACCUACAUAUUUGUCAUCAUGGCGCACGUAUGCAACCUCAUGCAUUGGACCAGCCAUAAUCAGCACCCUCAGCAAUAUCUUGACAACAUCUCGCUCAUAGAAGAUUUUGAGACGAUUCAAGUGAUCUACACUCAGGUUAAUCUACCGGGGAGAUGGCGGCGGCGCUCGCCAGCUCCCUGAUACGUCAGAAACGUCAAGCAAGAGAGGGAAACAGCGAAAAGGUCGCCACUUCCAAACGGCGCACCAGUCCCAGCAAAGACCCCCGCUCCUUGUGCGAGAGGCAUAUAUUUACUGUCUUCAGCAAAGUUCGGUUCUGCAGCGGCAAGAAAAGACCAGUCCGCAGGAAACCAGAGCCGCAGCUGAAGGGCAUUGUGACGCGACUGUUCAGCGAGCAGGGCUUCUACCUGCAGAUGAAGCCGAACGGCACCAUAAAUGGGACCAAGGACGAGAACAGCGACUACACUCUGUUUAACCUCAUCCCAGUGGGGCUGCGGGUGGUAGCCAUCCAGGGGGUGAAGGCCGGCCUCUACGCAGCCAUGAAUGGAGAGGGCUUCCUCUACACCUCAGACUUGUUCACAGUAGAGGCGAAAUUCAAGGAGUCUGUGUUUGAGAACUACUACGUCAUCUACUCAUCAACACUGUACCGGCAGCACGAAUCUGGCAGGGCCUGGUACAUGGGCCUCAACAAGGAUGGCGUGGUCAUGAAGGGCAACCGAGUGAAGAAGACAAAGCCCUCUUCACACUUUGUGCCCAGACCCAUCGAAGUUUGCAUGUACAAAGAGCCAUCGCUGCAUGACAUCGAGGAGAAGGGCCGCUCACGGAAAGACUCAGGAACUGAGGCUCCCGCUCUCCUAAACGGAGGAGAAAAAGUGGCGGGCCAGGACUCCACAGGGCAGGACGGUGGCUCAUAGCCUGCACAUCGCCCCAUUGAUUUCUUACACCUUGUUCAACGACAACAACAACGACAAUAAAUGAGAACACAACAAAAUAUAAAAAAUAAACACAUUUUAAAAUCA